ACAGCUGCGAGCUUGUUGUUUUUAUUCGCCAAACACGAACAGCGUCCAAAUUCUCCAAACUACCCGCAUUAUAACGCCGCGGACGUAAUUUUCCCUGCCCAAAAUGCCGCCGGAAACUGGGCCAACGUACGAGCUAUCGAACGGCACCUGCCGCUUGUGUUUAGAGCACAAGGAAGAACUGAUCCCUCUCGAAUGCGCUCUGUCGGAAACGGAGCUUAUCAACGUCAUCGAUUGCUUCCUCAAGAUAGACAUCACCGACAAUUGGCCGUUCCAGAACGUAUGUGAUGAUUGUGUCAUGCAGGUUCGGUUGAUUGAAAAAUUACGCGCCCAUUUCGAUGAGAGAAAUCGUAUUUUCGAUGUGCUGUGGACGCAAUACAAGCGAAUACACAUGCAAGCCGAUGGGGCGGGUGGUAGUAGUAAAAAGAAAUUGUCCAAAACAGAGGAGAGCAACGUCAACUCUGGCUACGUCAUCGAGGGAAUGGUGAUAGAGAAAACGGAAGUGGAGAUACUGCCACCGGACAUGUUGCUGAAAGCAGAGGCUGGAACUGAACAGUGUGGCGCCGUCAUCAAACAGGAAGAGAACGAAGAGGAGGACCAUCUGGUGGAGGAGCUGGUGUACGAGGAGCUAACGCUGGACGAAACGGAACUCGACGAGGGUGAGAUCAUAGAAGAGGACAAGGAUACGCUGGAGGGUGAACAUGAGAGCGAAAUGGUAGAGGAACACAUCAUGGAACCAGAGGAAGACGGGAUUGCGGCAGGGGACGAAUCGGACGACCAAAUUGAGCACCAGCUGUACGAGAUUGCAGACAGUGAGGAUGGGGAGCAAAAACAGCAGCACGAGCAACAACAGGACGACUGUUAUUACGACGAAACGGUCAGCCGAUGCUACAUCUGCAUGGAAACGCUGGAAUCGGAGAGUGAACUGCAAGAGCACCUGGGGACGGUGCAUCUUAAAUUGCUCCCAUUUCACUGCGACAAAUGUUUGCAGUACUAUCGCACAAUCGACGAGGUAAAUCAGCAUCUGAUCUCGCACGAGUAUCCGUUCGUUUGCAUGUACUGCCCGCGCAAGUACAGCUCCGAGCGGCAGCUGGAGAACCACAACAAAGACUGCAACACCUACCGGUGCCUGUACUGCCCGGCGGAGUUCGAGGUGCUGUCCCACCUGAACACACACAAGCGGCAACAUGCGGCCCAGCUGCGGGGCAAGCUAAAGUGCAAGGCUUGCGGCCGUCAGUUCACACAGUCCUCCCAUCUGAAGCGCCAUCUACGGUCGGGAAGCUGUGCCGGCGUCAAGGAACGCGGACCAAAGCGCAAGUACAUGCGUAGACAUGGGCAAGAAAUUCCGACCUCCCCUAGAGGCGGCGACCAAUGCAGCAAGGAGCCGCAGAACAAAAAUCUACUCUACUGUCAGGUGUGCGAUCGGAAGUUUGUCAGCAACUCCUAUCUGGCGCGGCACUUCGAGCGGGACCAUUCCGAGCUACGGUUUCCCCUGUUUCCCUGUGACGUCUGUACGAAGAAGUUUACCUCGUUCGAAAAGUCCGUCCUGCACCGACGGUAUCACCGCCGGCAGCCAGCCAUCAAACCGAAGGAGCUAAAGAAACCGAAGGAAACGGUGUGCAAAAUCUGCGACAAAGAGUUCCGCGUCGACCAUCAGCUGCUGCGCCAUCUGACGGAGGAGCAUUCGCUCGCGCUCGAGCUGUUCCAGUGCGACCAGUGUCCGCGCAAGUUUUCGACCGAGUUCAAGCUGCGCAAGCACCAUUACAACAGCCACCGGGAGAACAAGACGCUGUACGUUUGCUCGCACUGUGGGCAGAAGUUCGAGAAGAAGCUGACGCUGAAGGACCACGAAACGAAGCACCUGGGUAUGCCGGCCUAUCGGUGCGCGGUGUGCGACAAGACGUUCAUCCACAAGCACAGCCUGGACCGGCACGCGCUCGUGCACAGUGACGAGAAGCAGUUUGCGUGCGAGUUUUGCGCGAAAACGUUCAAGCGCAACACCACGCUGGUGAUCCACCGGCGGAUACACACCGGGGAGAAGCCGUACCAGUGCGAACCGUGCGGUAUGCGGUUCAUCGAUUCCAGCACGCUGAUCAAACACCGGCAGCGGGCGCACAUGAAAGCGGAGUGCAUGCCGCUGAAACAGGAACAAGGGCAGUAGAAGCUUUACCUGCACGUAUAAUUUUAUUGUGUUUGUAAAGCGCCAUUCUUCAGACACCGAUUAUUACAAGACUUGAUGAUAAUCUUAGGACAAGUGUAUAGAAAAUGAAAAGCGUUUGAACAUGAGUGAAGAGUUUACAACGAGCGAGCUGUGUGUCUUGGUUCGAGCUGGUUGUAGAUGACAUUCGUGAUUGCUUUCACAUUUUUUUUAAAUAGCCACGCUUUUACUGGUCACAUUAUUGUGAACCCUUUUAAUAUAAAGCUCGCACCAAGCGAUACCAGAAUUCCCUCAAAUGCUUUAAUAUCAUUGCAUAAAAGAUCGUAGAAUUAUUCCUAUUUUAGCUACAGAUUAAGCUCUUCUUCGUCUUCUUUGGCUCAACAACCGUUGUCGGUCAAGGCCUGCCUUUACCUCUUGUGGGUUUGGCUUUCAGUGACUAAUUGAUUUCCCCCCAUAGCAAGAUAAUAGUCAAUCCUACGUAUGGCGGCACGGUCUAUUUGGAGCUUGAACCCAUGAUGGGCAUGUUGUUAAGUCGUACGAGUUGACGACUGUACUACGAGACCGGCCUAACAGAUUAAGCUACUAUCUUGAAAAGAGUUGGAACCUAAAACAAUGCUGCAACUGCGGCUGCAUCUGGGGACACAUUAGUCAAUAAAAUUCCAUCAACUAACUGCUCAGAUCCAAAGAACAUUGAUAACACGCGAGAUGCGAGAUAUAGUAAACACGAAGGAUAUUAGUAUUGCAUCAGCCGGUCUUGGAGAGGUUGGCGACGAACCGGAUAUCCUGACACGGACAAAGGACAGAUGGACACAAAAGGCCAGAAGGACACGAAGGACAGCGUCUGUCGUGAGUCAUACCCCACCAGGAGGGUCUCGGAGGACCAAAGCAAUUUACGCUAGUACGAUCAAGUGAAAAAGGAAACUGUGGGGAAACCUCACCAUGUUAACACGCCACUCGCAGCCAUGAUUAUUCCGUUGCCCAUUUCAGUCUCCUGCCUUUUUCUAGCGAGCAAUGUUCUAAUGUUCAACGCGAUCAGCCACGCACCACCUGGCGGCACGGCGGCGAAAGGUGAACAUUUUUCUCACCCUAAUCGACCCAUUUCACUCCCAGCGCUUACAUUUAACGAUAAUACAAGGGAAACAACACAAAAAAAACCCUGUUUUCGGUUAGUCGAGAAACGACUCGAAGCAUAAUUUAUACCUCAAAGAAAAUAUACACCAUCAUCCCCCCCUUUGCUAGCCACGCUACCAUUGCGAAAGCCCCCAGCGGAGGGAUUUGGCGUCGACUUCGGCAUCGGAAUCGAAGCAAGCGCCAGCAAGGAAAAGCACACCGGCAUGUUUGCAAACGGUGUAAACGGGAUGUUGCCGUGACUACCGAAACCCCCCACACGGCAAGCAUAUAUAUUUAUGCGCCCACAGGUAGAGUGGUGGUGCGCACGUGUGGCUGUGUGUUUGUGUGUGUGUAUGUGUGUGUGUAAUCCGCCAUUCGGGCAUGAUAUUGCCCAGCACGACAUAAUAAAUAUUGUUGCUGAAUAUAUUGAACAGCAUUUGAUCAUGUAUGUACAUUUUGAUGAGGUGUAGAAACGGGCCCAUUGUGUGUGUGUGUGUGUGUGCUGUCGGAAGACAUCGUUUUGGCUUCGUUAGAACAUGUUUUUUUGUACUAAAACAUAAAACAAUUGAGUUUUUCAAAUGUAUUUUAAAACAAAGCACUCAGACGUUUGUAGUUUGUUGCAAGACACGUUUUUAGUGUUGGUGGUUUAGCUUUAUAGCACAAUUUAUUUACAUCCAAUUCAUGCACAUGACUUCCCUCCAUACCUUAACAUGCAAGAAGAAAAAAACAUUCCAACGAGCCAAGAUUCAUUUCACUAAUUUCUUUCCAGUGUCGCAAUUUUCAACCACAUUCUGCACCGCUUUCCUUCCACCAAUAUCCGCCCCGCAAUGGUCCACCAUUUCGAUAAUGGACACUAAUUUGCAAUCACCCCCCCCCCCAAAAGGGUCGUCUACGUUAUAGAUUUUAGACAUUUUCCAACAGUAAAAACCGAUCAUAAAUUAAGAUCCCAUUUCGAAGGCGCCUUUUCAUAUAUAUCCUGUACUGGCCAGUGUGCUGCAAGAAAGAAAAAAGAAAAAAAAAACCACAAACCACGGUUCCGGAUUGUUCUCCCGGCGAUCGGGAAUAAUGUCCUCAAAAAGCUCUCACCCCAUGUGUGGUUUCAUUACAAGUAUGAGCCAAGGCGGAGAAAAUAAAUUCCAAUUUGCGACGAAUGCAUUAA